ACAUCUCUACUCGCCCCUCCUCAAAAUUUGAAAUCCCAUAAUUUCCUUCUCCCUCCUCCUUCUCCCAUAAUUAAUAGUGUACCCAGCACAUAUUGUGGUUUGAUUUGACUGGGUUUUUUUCUGUCAGAUUUUCAGUUGUUUGAAGCUUGACUUGCAUGGGGGGAAUCAGAGGCAGUGCUCCCUCGGCAGCAGUGCCUCUGAUUCAAUGUAAACGUAAUGGUGCAAAGCUUUUCCAAUAUUAUUUGGACAGAACUGCUCCUCGUUCUGUUUGUAGAUGGGUUGGAACCCUUGUUGUAGCAGCUGUUUACAUUUUGCGGGUUUAUCAUCUUCAAGGAUUUUAUGUUGUUUCAUAUGCUCUGGGAAUUUUCCUGUUGAAUCUGUUGAUUGGGUUCCUGUCGCCUUUGGCUGAUUCUGACCUGGAAGUUACAAAGAAGCCUUUGCUACCAACAAAAGGUUCAGAUGAGUUCAAGCCUUUCAUUCGUCGGCUCUCUGAGUUUAAGUUCUGGUUCUACGUCACACUAUCAUUCUGUACGGCGUUUGUUGCCACCUUCUUUUCUGUAUUUGAUGUUUCCAUCCUUUGGCCUGUACUACUGUCCUAUUGGAUUGUUUUGUUCAUCCUCACAAUGAGGCACCAAAUCCAUCACAUGAUAAAAUACAAGUAUGUCCCAUUCAGCUACGGAAAACAGAGGUAUGUUGCCAAGAAAUCUUCAGCUAAUAGCCCUAGCCUCGGUGGCCGGAGACAUGUUAGAUGGCCAAGUAUGGGUUAAAACGGAUUUGGCCAUUUACUUGGAAACCCAUUUAUGGUCCAUUUAAAUAAAACAUUCUGACUAGUUUAUGAGCUUACCCGUUUAUAAUUGGCUCAGCCCAUGUAACUUUAUAAAUGAGAAGAAGUGGACUGGCUAUAUCAGGUACGAAUACUGAGCUUCAACUGAAUCUCCAUUUCUGGCAAAAUCAAUACCUGUAUGGACUCUAUUUCAAUCCCUCCUUAACCGAAAAAGAAAAAAAGAAGGGAAAAACCCUUGGGCAACUUCCCACUUCCCAGGCUCCAUUCCAUUCCUUACCAACUAUCAAAUCUCUAGUGACUGCUGAAGCACGGGCAACUUUUUUUGACUUUUGUUUUCUUGUUUUAAUUGUAAAUGUUAUAUUGAACUAUGAUCAAGUUUUCAGAAUUAUAUGUAUGGUUGUAUCUGACAUAUGAGCAUUUGUCCUGCAUUGAAUUCAAAAUAUGGUGGGAGAUGCUUGUUCUGAUCUUCACAAA